GUAAUUUACCCAAACACAAAGACGAUAUCACGUACGUAUGAGUGAGAACACCACCACAACAUCUUAUAGAAAGAUCUGAAAGCUACGAUGUGAACAGCAGCAACAUCACACAACACAGUGACGUUCCUGUAUGCCUUCUGCUUCGCUGUGGGUGCCCGCGCGUCGUCUGCUUUCCAGCUGGUCCCCGCGUUGAAGUCGCUGGGAUCCCCGAGCCUCGCACGACUCCGUGUUUGUUCAGCGUCGCCGUCUAUACGGCAUGUGUGUUUGUGCGUGUAGCCCGCACUGUGCGCGGCUGAAUCGACGAGGAAGCUGUGGCGGUCCAGCCACCGGGGCUCUGCAGCCAGCCUCGUCCGCCGCCGCCGCCCCUGCUUUAACCUUGGCUCGCGCGAUCGUUCGACGGCUCUCGAAAAGUCUCCUCGUCACCGUCGCCACCGAGGCGUCGUCGGCCGUGCAGUUCGCGGGGAUUAUGUACUCGCCUUCGGUUUCGGGAGAGCGAUGGCACCCAUGCUGACGGCGGCCAUGUUCUACGCCAUGUGCAACGCGUUCUCGCGCUGCUGCCCUCCGGACAGCGUGACCAUGCCGUGCCGGUGCUCGGGACCCAACACGUUCACCGUGCUCACCUGCGACGGACUCAUCUCCACACGACAGGUGGAACGGGUGGCGUCCCGGCUGGCAAGCCACACCCUGGACUACGGCAAGUUCAGCAUGUCCAACGCCAAGGUGAUGAAGCUCGAGCGGGGAAUGUUCGGCGACCUGCGCUUCGAGUACAUCCAGGUGAAGAAGUCCACCGUGGUCCAGGUGGACGACGGCGCGUUGGAGCCGUCGCGCGACACCCUGCGCCGCCUGGAGGUGGUCCACUGCGAGCUCAAGUCGUUCCCCUUCCAGAAUGUCUCCACCUUCCCGAAGCUGGAGAGCCUCUCGCUCCAGUACAACAACCUUAAGGCGGUGCCGGACUAUGCCUUCAGGUACAAUCCCGGUCUGAAGAAGGUCGACCUGUCGUUCAACAAGAUCGCCUACGUGGGCAACUACGCCUUCUACUACGUGCCCUUCCUGGAGGAGCUCAACCUGCGCAACAACAAGCUGAAGGUGCUCAACAACAACGCGUUCGCCGUGCACGUCAAGCCCAACAACGACAUGGUGCUCGACUUGUCGCACAACCAGAUCGUGCUGAUCGCAGAGAACGCGUUCCACAACGAGAACUUCCGCCUGCUCAACAUGUCGCACAACCGGCUGCGAUCCUUUCCCGAGAAGCACUUCCGGCCUCUGCUGGUGCGCAUGGCCGUGCAGCUGGAGGGGACCAUCGACGUCGAAGGCAACCGGAUGAACUGCACGUGCGACUCGCUGCAGUGGCUGCUUCGCAUGCAGCCGUACUACCGGCGCUUCGUCAAGGGCUUCGUGUGCGCCGAGACGCACAAGACGCUCGAGCACAUGACCACGUGGGACCUGGACUGCGCGCACGGGGGUCAACAGGACGACGAGCAGAGGCCGUACCUGAGGCGGGCCUGAUCGACGCUGCGGCUUGCGCAACUGCCUCGCGGCACGCCGACACUGCAGUCCGUAAACUGUCCGUAAACGCAGCACACGGAGGAAGGAAACUGAGAGGCCCUGACGUCGCUCCUUGUGAAGCUAAAGUGAAGCCGGAAGUUGGCGUUGCUCAUGGCGUUGCUCCGCCUAUCGGGCCAGCUCUCCUCUCUUGUUUACAUUUCUCGCGCGAUACCACGUCGCGCUGCGCGCAACCAUGCUGCUCGGACUCGCGCGCUCCUCAGCAAUACUGAGCAAUCGUUUGCACGUUAGCAUGGUUCCGCCAAAGAGGGCAAAAUUUCCCGCGGAUAUUCCUUCGUCCGUAGCCAUUACCGUGGCGCGGUACAUUGCGUACAGCGUUGCAUGCGUGUUAAUUUCACGAAUUUUUGUUCCUCCUGUCCCAUCUGGCCACAGCAACAUCCGGGAGAGCACGGUCCAGAUAACGCAGCGCAACAAAACACAAAGAACAACGCAAACCUGCCCGCACGGCGCCUUUGCCACGGUACGAAACCUACGGAGCAACACGUGUGAGCGCACAGAACCAAAACAAAGCCGCCAUUGUGGCCCGAAAGGCGUGGCCACUAUGGCAAAGAAAUAAAAAAUCAGCAAAAAAGAGGUGAACGUGUUACGUCACUUUCUCCACACUUUUCUCCUAGGCCGCGGAGGGGGUAAGGCCUCUGCUCAGUUUCCUUCCUCCAUGACGCAGCACUACCGUUUGCGGAAUACCGGAAUACGGCUGCGAGAACGCUGGUAGCGACAUGUUGCGACGCAGAGUUCAACCAGAGAGUGCACAAAGCCGCUGGCUAACGAUAUCGCACUUUACUGCUGCCGUAAAGCCGUUGGCCGCUGCGUAACCGUUAGCGUGAAGUCCUUUUAUGAUUCUCCUUCGACGAGAACACUCAAGCAAUACAUAAAUAUCUCAAACGCGCUGUAGUUGACCAAAGUGCCGCUAGAUGUCGCUACCAGCUUGGCUACUGGGUUCGAUGGCUACGGUAACCCAAUAACCCGCAAGCGGUAAGAAGUUAUGAAAAAAAAAAAGCUAAAACCGUGUGCUUUCUUUUUCCUGCUGGUGUAGGAAACGUGAGCUCGAUCUGCUUCAAUUAAUGGUUUAGUCGAGUUAGUAAGUGCAGCCUGAAUGCAGCGAGUGCUGGCAUAUGUCACGGUGCUCCCUUCGCGUCGCAGAAAUAUGGAUCGCGAUUGAGCGCAUUUGUGUUCAUCCAGACGCCGAGAAAACUCCGGGAGAGAGACGCGUGUACUACUGGUGUUUAACGCAGCUCGGCCUACGAGCCGCGAGACCAUUCAGACAACGUGUGCUGUUGCUGCGAUAAGGGCCCCAGCACUGCUUUCUUCACUCUCAAACUGUAAUAUUUCACCCUUCUUACAACCGAGAACGCAUGCACAAUAGCAUAUUUUCUAAAUUUUAUAUUGCCCAAAACUAACACCUUUCGUCGGCGCGAAUUCUUGAAAGUACUGAGAGGCAGUUUUUUGAGACGCAGUUACACGGCUCUCACUAUUCGCGAAAAAAAAGAAGAAAAAUAAAAAACAAAAAAAAUCUAGGCGGGUGACAUUCAUGAUACUCGACAGCGAGCAAGAAGCAGUGAAGGUACUAUCGUUGCUUUAAAAAAAAAGCAACCUGUAGAUGGGGGUACACCUCCCGGUACACUUGGCCUGCGUGUGAGUGCUCCUUCGUUCUGAGGCCUGCAUCAUUAUCAUUAUCGUAACCAUAAUACCAUAUUCAUCACCAUAAUUCAGACUACUUCAGGUCUGCUUGUAGGACGGAAGCCCGGCCCUCCAUUAACAUGGCUCUGUUCAGUGCAUAGGAUGAAGGCGACAGAUGUGCUUGCAAGUUUCCUAUUAGUCCGCCUAAUUCUUCUCCGCCGUCAAUUUCAUUUCCCUUUACUGGCGUCCAUUUUGUUACCCUAAGACACCUCAUAUCAGUUGUACAUGGUAACAAUCCUACUCCAUUUCUCUCUCCUAAUCUAAGCCAUAAUAUGGUGCAGUACGGUAGCUAGCUGGGCGAGUCGGUGUAUGUGCAUUAUUGUUACUUACUGCGCACACUAAUGCAGAGUAUGAUGUACAUCUGUUGGCAUUGUAAUUCACACCACCGUAUUCUUAUUUCAUAAGACUAAGAAAUAUUUCGGCGCCAACGCCCGUUCUUAUAUUAAAAUACACGUAAGACGCCGAAAUGCCCGCAUUAGAUAACCGCUGAACCGAUUUAAAUAAAAUAUGCUGCACUUAUGAAACUAAGCCUAUUGUUAGCAAUUGUAGGAAGCACAGUUUAUAGUAACAUCUCCCUCUCUCUCUCUCUCUCUCUCUCUCUCUCUCUCUAUAUAUAUAUAUAUAUAUAUAUAUAUAUAUAUAUGUGUGUGUGUGUGUGUGUGUGUGUGUGUGUGCGUGUGUGUGUGUGUGUCUGUGCAUGUGUGUGUGUGUGUGCAAAUCCACAACUCUGCACGAAAAACGGAUAUCGCACUUUCGUAAACUGCACCUUCUAUAGAACAUUUAAUGAGGGCAAACGUGAUACCUGUGGUUACAGUUUAUGUGAGAUUGCUACAAUGGUAGCGAGUGUCUUGCAAACGCUCUAUACUCACGGAUUAGUGGUACAUUUUAGUACAGUGUAUACAUGUCACACUAUGUGCAUUUUGCAAAAUAGUGGAGUGGCAUUUACCGAGUUUGAGUUGUAAGCUUGAUACUUAUUAAAAACUAAAAUGUUCAGCAACUUUUGUAAACGAAAUGACGCCUUGCUGAAAUAAAAAGAUCUUGUU